AUGGCUCUCCGCCGGCACACAGGGACUACAAGCCGGGCACGGGAUCCAGGGGGCGUGCGGAUGGGAGCAGGGCAUAGGAGGAAGGGCCUGCGGGAGGGCACGACCAGACAGUGGCCUGAAAGAAUCGUUUUGGGAACAUGCGGCCCAGUUCGGAGGAAACCCACGCGGUGCGCAGCCGGCUCGCACUUACCUUCCCCAAGCCGGCAGAUGUUUCCCCUGUGCGUUGACGUGGGCAAGUGUCGAGGUCUUCGUACCGCCAGGAAGCUGCGCAGCCACCGGCGCGACCAGAAAUGGCAUGAUAAACAGUACAAAAAAGCCCAUUUGGGCACAGCUUUGAAGGCCAACCCCUUUGGAGGCGCAUCUCAUGCAAAGGGAAUUGUGUUGGAAAAAGUGGGUGUUGAGGCCAAGCAGCCAAAUUCUGCCAUUAGAAAGUGUGUCAGAGUCCAGCUCAUUAAGAACGGCAAGAAAAUCACAGCCUUCGUGCCUAAUGAUGGAUGCUUGAAUUUUAUUGAGGAAAACGAUGAAGUUCUUGUUGCUGGAUUUGGUCGCAAAGGUCAUGCUGUUGGUGACAUUCCUGGAGUCCGCUUUAAGGUUGUCAAAGUGGCCAAUGUAUCUCUUUUGGCCUUAUACAAAGGCAAGAAGGAACGACCAAGAUCUUAAAGUUUGAAAAUGUCAUACUAAUAAAUUUCUAUAUGCCAGAAA